ACUAAUAGCACGUACUGCAUAUAAACAUUACUAUGGAAGGUUCCAGUGGUUCCAGUUCGGCAUAAGAUGAAAUGACUUUUUAGAUGGCACUUCUCCCUUUCUGUACUUUAAAUUGCGAACUUACAAAUCAAGAGAAUGUAUUAUUACUGAUCUCUAAAACAUUGAAGUGACAUAUCACAAUGCGUAAGUCAGUUGUGGCGUAGUGCAGCAUCAACUGACAACAUCAGCAUGAUAUUUUAAUUUUAAACUGUAAUUUUAACAACUUAACUUUCCACGUAAUGUGUAUCGUUUUUCUGUCGUUGUCUGAUAAUCCACAAAGAGAUAAAUACAAAGUUAUUCUUGCUGCAAAUCGAGAUGAAAUAUUUUCUCGUCCAACAAAGGAACUCAAUUGGUGGGAUGAUGAUCCUGAUAUAAUUUCAGGUAUAGACAUGUUCUCUGGAAAGGAAGGAGGAACAUGGUUGGGAAUGACCAGGUCAGGAAGAAUUGGCAUGCUCACAAAUUAUAGGCAACAUCAGAAGUUUAAGAAACCAAAUGAAAAAGGCCGUGGUUUUCUUGUUUCUGAAUUUCUGAAAUCCACCCAAUCACCCAGACAAUUCUUGGAAAAUGUUGAAAAUCACAGUAGUGAAUAUGGAGGAUUUAACAUAAUUUUAGGAGAUAUAGGAAACGCCAGUACGUCUUUCUCAUAUUAUUGCAAUAAAGAGCAGCAACCUUUGACAGAUUUGCAACCAGGUGUAUAUGCAUUGAGCAACCGAUAUUUGGAUUAUUGCUGGAAAAAGGUUGUCAUUGGAAAACAAUGUUUCUCUAAGAUUUUACAGUCAGAAUCCAACAGUCCACUGGAGAAAGUUGAUAAAAUUUUCAACUUGUUGUCUGAUGAAACUAGAUAUGAGGUUGAUGAAAUUUUUCGCAACCCCGAAGAUGAAGAUACUCCCGAUUUUAUCCUCCAAGGUUUAACUGCAAUAUUUGUGAAACUUCCUCAAUUCUCUUAUGGCACAAGAACAAAGUCAGUGAUUAUUGUGGACAAUGAAGACAAUGUCUCAUUUGUUGAAAAAACAAUGAUUGAACCAAUAGAACCAAAUAAUGCAGAAUGGAAAACAAACUCAUUUAAAUUUAAACUUAAUCAUUCAAAGUCAGCAUAAUACAAGUUGUGAAAUUUAAUACUUUUUGAGGUAAGCACAUCUUUAUGUAAUAAAAAUCUUUUCUACUUUCUUCUGAAGUCAUUGUUGAUAUAACAUUGAUAUAACAAAGGAACAAACAUAAAAAAUCACAAAUGCAAAUGUUACUAACACCAUAUCUAUGUUAAUUUAUUUAAGAAUCUUUCAGAUUGUUAUAUAUUAUUGUAACAUAUUGUUAUAUAUAUGUAAUAUAUAUGUAUUUCAGAUUGUACAUAUGACGAAAAUUAAAAUAGUUUUUCAACUGUUUUUAAUGUCUUUGAAAAUGCUUUCCGUGAAGGAAGCCAAAACAUCAGACAAAUUCAAAUAAUUUUUGUAAAUAUAAAACAAUCUGUAAGAUCCUUAAAUAAAUCAACAUGAAGAACAAA